AUGAGUACGGCAUUUUGGAAUGGCGUAACUUUAUGCUUGAAAGUGUUUGGUCCGUUGGUGAUGGUUCUUCGACUUGCUGGGGAUUGGAAGCCCUCAAUGGGCUUUGUGUAUGGAGAGCUAAAAAACGCAAAAAAAGAUAUCAAAGAGGCAUACAAGCAAGUUGAGACUAACUACCGGCCAAUACUAGAUGUCAUUGAUGGGAAAGCCAAGGGUCGGUUAGAUAGUGCAUUGCAUUUGACGGCUUACUUUUUGAAUCCUUUUUACUUCUACAAAGAUCAUACCAUUCAAGAUGAUCCUAUCAUUAUGGAUGGGGUUCUUACUUGCGUUGAAGCUUUCUUUCCCGAUGAUGUCAAUGUUCAAGAUGAAGUCAUCAAUAGAGAGUUGUUGAAAUACAAGAACAAAGAUGGUGGAUUUGGAAGACCAUUAGCCACAAUGGGAUGUGCAACGAACAAUGACUCUUAUGAUCCAGUUGGAUGGUGGUCUAACUAUGGCAAUCAUACACCCAAUUUGAAAAGAAUGGCCACUCGAAUUCUCUCUUUGACUUCAAGUUCAUCGGGGUGUGAGCGAAAUUGGAGCACUUUUGAGGGAAUACAUACAAAGAAAAGGAAUAGACUAGAUAUGACAAGGUUGAACAAUCUAGUGUAUGUCCAAUUCAAUGCCAAACUCCUCAACAAUAAAAGAAAGGGGAAGGAUGUAUUACGUGCUAGUGAAGCAACACAUGCACAAGGAUGGAUUGUUGAAGGUGGAGAUGCUGAUGAAGAAGACCCGGUUUCGGGACUUGCAUGGGAGAUGAUCGGGGAAGCUACGGGAGCGGAUGAAAUCCUUCAACCUAGAAGAACUACUAGAAAUGUUGGAGUACGAGAGCUACAUGAGGACGAUUUUUUGUCGGAAGAUGAUCCCGAAGAGGAGGUAGAUGAGGACUUUGAGUUUGAGUCCGAUGGAGACCAAGUUAUGGGUGGAUAUGGGGAAGAAGAGGAUGAGUAAAGAGUAAUUGACUAGUAAUUCCGUACUUGAUUUCAUUUGGUUUGUAAUUGACAAGUAAUUUCGUACUUGGU